CACAUUUGUAAAAUGCAUGGUUUACUUACGGCCGUUAAGACGGUCAAGCACAACCAGCAGCCCAACUUGUCGGCUGCUGCCGAGGGAAUAUAUUCAGCCACCACAUCUAACGGCUCUGAGCACCGGUCCAAAGCCGAUCUCCCCGGGGACCCAACAUCCUCAGAUCAUAUCUUGGCCGUCUUGAAGGCAAACCCCGACGAGCACGAUCUUGCUCAAGUUCUAGCCAUACUAGAUCCAUCAAAUAAGACAGCAAGUCCAAACGGUUUUGAUAUCCGCGUUCCGCGCCCAGUAACAGCGCAAAUUCUCAAUGCUCUGGUUAACAUUACAAUCCCGGAUCAUUGGGAGGCUCUUGGGCCACAAUCACAGAAUUCAAAGUCUGGUAAUACAAAGCUGCGAGCUGCUCUUCUGAGAUGUCUGAGCAGUGUUGCGGGUAUCAGUUGCUUGGUGACCCAGCUCCGUUCUCUCAUAGCUGCGUCCCGUUCAUCGGCUGAGCAGGCGAAAUCAUCCGGUCAUAAACUACAGAUUAGAGAUACACUUGCGGUUAUUUCCGCGUUGCUGGAGCCGAGCGACUUUGCAUUUCGCCUAUACGCUGACAUGGAUGAUCUGUACAGCAAUGCGACACAGAAGCAAGUGGCUUGGAGGGAGUUGCUCUCGGUGCUUGCUGCCAGUAAAGUAUUGUCUACAGCGGCAGAAGCGCUGACUCUGGUCUCUGAGCUUGACGGGAUUUCUACAAUCUCUUGGAUCGGGGAAGGCUCGAAAUACGCUACCUGGCUAGGUUCGAAUAUCUGCUAUAUGGCAUCGAAGACAGCUCUCAGUGAUGAAGAGGCUUGGAAAUCCGUGGCUCUUUUGACUGGGAGGUCGCUAAGCUUGGGCUAUACAGAUCAGGUUGUCAAAGAGAUCUAUACCGGACUUCUUGUUCAGCGACCACUUUCCGAACAGUACAGCUCGCUUUUUGACCGUCUCCGGCCAACGGAACAACUAGCAUUGCUCGAAGCUGUCUUUCGGGAUCUUGAGAAAAAGCAGUUCUCAGCCAAUGCCCAAGUUGUUCUUCUCGCUGCGGGCUACCUCCAGCGGCUUGAUGCUGCAGCAAUGAUGUUUAUUGGACGCACCGGACUCUUUCUGAAUACCGUCUCAAACCGCCUAGCAGCGUCUUCGCCGAGAGCUCGCUUUCUCGGUAUGCUGAUUGGAACUACCAUUUCGCAGCUCAUCGAGCAGCAAGGUAAAGGGAUGAGGUUCGAUCUCGAGGAGAUGGAGAGCGAUGAGGCACAUUGGUAUUUGGACCUUGCCAAAGUACACGAUGCUGUUGGGUCUAUUGAAUCCGUUGAUUCGCUCAGAGGACCAGCGACAAAACCGACAGAAAAGCCUACCAAGAUAAGGACCUCUGCGACUGAUACGCCCAAGAAAGACACUAGAAGAGCAAAGAUUGUUGCUAUAGAAGAGAUUAAUGACUCGGAUCAAGAGGAUGAAGAAGAUGAGGAUCUCAUCCCAUAUGAGAAGCCCGAUGAAGAUCCCUCAGAUUCCGAUGAUGACCCAACCUUGGUCCAACGCAACAAACCUACCGCACCAGUGUAUAUCCGCGACCUCAUAACCUACCUACGUGACACAGAGAAAGUAGAGCGCUACGAACUGGCUGUUUCCACCGCCCCUUCCCUAAUCCGACGCAAGACUGGCUUUGGAACAGAGCUUGCUGAGAAUAUAGAAGAACUGGCACUCGUUGUCGUGGGCUUACAGGAGCAUGGGAAGAUCCCCAGAUUCCAGGAAAUCCAACUUCAAAGUAUGAUCGCACUGAUCGUAUCUCAACCUCUCAAGAUGGGCCAUUGGUUCUCGGCCAUAUUCUUCGAUGGGGACCUAUCUCAACCACAGCGCUCUACGAUCCUUACAGCUCUAGGCUUGAGUGCUCGCGAACUCGGCGGAAAUGGCGAAGCAGACGCUAAAGCACUAGGUCUUCCACGCGUAUCCGACGCUUCGUUCCCGUCCAAAAAGCUCCCUGGUAACCUCGAAGCUCUGUAUCAGCCUGAGGCCGAAUCGCCAAUCGCAAACCUAACCAAGCAAUUAUCACGCGCCUCACUCGAACCACUAGCCGCCGAUGCCUCAGAUUCCCUGUCUGGGCCCAACGCACUCAAGGUCCGCACAUUCUCCUCCCGAAUGGAAGUCGAAAAGAAACGUCAGCAACGCGAAGCACAGCGACAGAAGUCCACCGCAAAGGAUCUAUACAGAGUCCUUGCAGAUGGGUUCUUCUACCCUCUGAAGGGUCGUUUCGAAAUGAUGAUCAUGCAAUUUUCAUCUUCCACCGCUCCCUCCUACAACCCGUUCUAUGCUCCCCAUCUCCUCAGUCUCUUCAUUCAAACACUCACACUCAUCCUCUCAACAAUGGGCCCUCACACACCCCAUCUCGCAGCCGUCACACACGAAACAUUGACAUUUAUGCUCUCGCUCCACGCUCGCCCCAUAUCAGACGAUCCCGGCAUCUCGUCCUCCCUUCUAUCCCUCUUCCUCGCAGCUGUAGACUUGAACGUUGCCUCCGGGACAUCCGGAGAAGAGCGCCUGGUCACUGAAUUCGCCACGCAAGUCAUGGAGCUGCGCGAAUGGGUAGGAGAGAUAUUUGACAGAACGCCACCGGUUCAAGAUACAAGCGAUCCGCGAGAACAGGUGCGGACAUUAGCUGCAGGUGUCAUGGUGAAACUGGGAGAGGUGAUAGAGCGAUACCAGGGACGGCUGAUGGGUGUGAAUUCCGGAUUCAGGUACUAG